AGGUAACUCUUUUUCUGGAUUCAUUCCGAGCACUCUGUGCCUCUUGACAAACCUUGAAUUCCUCGGAUUGUCCAUGAAUAAUUUGACCAUUGAUACCUCUACUCCAGAAGUUAAUAUUUUGUCUUGUCUGCCAAAUCUUAGAAAUUUGAGGUGGCUAAUCUUCGGAAGCAAUCCAUUAAAUGUGAAGCUUUCGAUUUCCUUCAGUAAUUUCUCUGCAUCACUUCAAUAUCUUUGGUUAGGAAAUUGCAGCUUGAGAGGUAACAUCCCCAGUGAUAUUGGGAAUUUGAGUAGCUUGAUAGAUUUAAACCUGGGAGGCAAUCAAUUGAGCGAGCCAAUUCCAAGCUCAAUCGGAAGACUACAUAAUCUUCAAUGUUUGUGUGUGUCUGGUAACACAUUGCAAGGAUACAUUCCAGAUGAGCUUUGUCAACUAGAAAAGUUAAGUAUUUUGAAUUUGGGUGGGAAUCAACUUUCUGGUUCUGUACCUUCCUGCUUGGGUAAUCUAACAGCAUCUCUAAGGUAUCUAUUCUUAUGGUCCAAUUUGUUGAAUUCCACCAUACCAUCUACCUUGUGGGGACUUACAGAUAUCUUGAAACUAGACUUGUCAUCCAAUUCUCUCAUUGGACCUCUAUCAGGUGGUGUUGGUAAUUUGAAAGUUGCUGUAUACUUGGAUGUAUCAUACAACCACUUAUCUGGUAGUAUACCAAGCAGCGUUGGGAGUUUAUUGAAUUUGGUCAAUCUCUCCUUAGCACAUAAUAAUCUAGAAGGCCUUAUUCCUAGUUCCUUUGCUACCUGUUUAAGCUUAGAACUGUUGGAUUUAUCUCAGAACAGUCUCUCUGGAGUGAUUCCAAAGUCUCUUGAAGCACUCUCAUAUCUCAAGUAUCUGAAUCUAUCUUUCAACAUACUCCAAGGAGAAAUUCCAACCGGCGGUCCAUUCAAAAACUUCUCUGCUGAAUCAUUUGUUUCAAACCGUGGAUUUUGUGGUGCAUCCCAUUUCCAAGUUCCACCAUGCAAAAGAAAAACUAGCACAUCUAUCUUGAAGUAUGUUAUUCCGGGGAUCUUGUCAGCAAUGCUUCUAGCGACCUCCAUGAUAUGGUUGUUGAUGUUGCGUACAAAAAAGAAUGUGAAAGCAGCAGCAAAUUCUAUCUUCACGCCUCAAGAUUUCUGGAGAAGAGUUUCAUACCGAGAGCUCCUAAGUGCGACAGAUGGAUUCAAUGAAAGCAACUUACUUGGUACUGGGGGUUUUGGCUCAGUAUAUAAAGGAACAUUGUCAGAUGGGAUGGACGUUGCGAUAAAGGUUUUCAAUUUGGAGUUGGAAGACGCAUUUUCAAGUUUUGAGGUUGAAUGUGAAAUGCUAAGUAGUGUUCAUCACCGAAAUCUUGUCAAAGUCAUCAGUUGUUGCAGUCAAGUGGAUUUCAAAAGUCUUGUCUUGAAUUACAUGCCUAAUGGGAGCCUUGAGAAGUGGUUGUACUCUCAGAAUUCUUCUUUGAACAUAAUGCAGAGGUUGGAUAUAAUGAUAGAUGUUGCAUCGGCAUUGGAGUACCUUCAUCAUGGUUAUGAAGUACCUAUUGUCCAUUGUGAUUUGAAGCCAAGCAACAUCCUACUAGAUGAUGAUAUGGUUGCACAUGUUGCUGAUUUUGGUAUUGCGAGACUCCUGGGUGGAGAAGAUUCUAUGACUCAAACCAUGACCUUGGCCACAAUUGGGUAUAUGGCUCCAGAGUAUGGAAUGCAAGGAAUAGUGACCAGAAGAGGUGAUGUGUAUAGUUUUGGUAUUGUAGUGAUGGAAACAUUCACAAGAAGGAAGCCAACUGAUGAGAUCUUCACUGGGGAAAUGAGACUGAAUCAAUGGGUUGCAAAUUUCCUAGUUGCAGAUGCGAUAGUUGAAGUUGUGGAUGCUAGUUUACUUGGAAGCGAGGAGGCUCAUGACUUCAUGAGCAAGAGGGAGUGCUUAUCAUCCAUUAUGAGAUUAGCUGUUGCUUGUUCAGCAGAAUCACCGGAAGAGAGGAUAAACAUGCAAGAGGCUGUAGCCAUGCUUAAAACAAUCAAGAUCAAGUUUUCAAAGGACUCUGCUGCAAGAGGUGUGGUGGUGAACUGUCGUCCUGUUUCGUAACCCCUUAACUUAUGUGUCGAUAUAUCUUGGCAUGGCAUUUGAUUCAGUACGUAAUUAUGCAAUUGUUUGGCAAUGUGGUUCUGAGUCAAGUUUGGUUGGUAAUUCACUCUGCUACUCUGUAUUCAAAAAUAACUUCCAUCUAGCUCUUUCCACUUUGUAGUUUCUGUGUUUUUCUGCUUUGAGGCUAGCUGCUUGAAUAAACCAAAGCACUACUAUUUUCUCAAAUUCUUCUAUCUUUAAGUUCUUAAUGUACUUAUCAUGGUAGUGUAUGCCUAGGAUUUAUAUGAGGUGUCAGUAUGUUGUACUCCAAUCAUUCUUA